UUUCAGCAUGAAUUAUGGAUCCAUUAGAUGGACAAGACGUCUAUGCAGCAGAAAAAAUUUUGAAAUCGCGAACGAGGAAAGGGAAAACAGAAUAUCUGAUCAAGUGGAAAGGAUGGUCAAAUCAACAUAACACGUGGGAACCAUCAAGUAAUAUCUUGAAUGAAAACUUGUUCACGGAAUCAGGUUUUCCCAUACCAAACGGUUUCAAAGGUGGAACUCGGAAGGGAAUUAGAAGGUCAAAUCGUGGAAGGAAACGGAAAGUAAAAGAAAUUUCGGAUUCCGACGAUUCAGAUGGCGACAAUCAAAGUUAUGAUGAGGGUGCCAGUGAAAGAAGUUCAGAAGGCUCAGAAAUUUCACCAAGGUCGAGCAUUCAUUCAAGGCCCGGAACACCAGUAACUCUGGCAGAAGAAGCUAUUACAGGAAACAACAAAUCCUUGAAAACGCCUCGGAAACGAGGCCCGAAAAGUAAAAAGAUGUUAAACGAUAUACCAAUGGCUAUCCCAGUUUCAAAAACCAACGAAGUGAAGGAUAAUGAUGACAGCAAGUUAGAACUCAAGGAAGAGAAGUCGGAUGAAGAACAAGGAGCUGAAAAAUCAUGGGAAAUGGGAACUGAGAAAGAGUUGGAUAAGGAGGAGAAAGCAGAAUUUAGGUGUAUUCCGUCGGAAACGAAAUUGAAUUUAUCAGAAACUGGCAAAGUUGGGAAGGAUGACUCUGCAUUAUCAGAAGCUGAAGUAUUCAGGAUCAUCAAAGAUAAUGAAAGCGGACCAGUUGAACAGAAAAACACGAGACGAGAAGUUGAGGUAAAACUGAAGAAACCUGAAGUUUUUGAGGGUCGAUCUGGAUCGGUGCAAGUCGUUUCUAAUGGUCAAGAGCAGGUAAUCAAUAGACUGGCAUUUGUUGUUGAAGGAACAUCUGGUUUGUCUCAAAGUUCGGAGCAGUUACAGCUACACGACUAUGGGGACAAUGAUGAAAGCCGGAUUCGUGUAAUAGCCGACCAGUUAAAGAGUGAAACUAAAAUUUGGACAGAUGCUAACAAUACGCGCUUCGAAAGUUUUCAGUACAAUGGUUCUCAUACAAUCACUGAAGUAACGGUCAAUCAGCAUACAGUCCCAAUUAUUGAGUUAUAGCCAUAUGUAAAGCCAUUUAACUUGCUGAUAUUUUUUAUUUGUCUUUGGGGUAUUUAACGUCCUUAAAUACAUAUUCCACUUCUUAAAAUCUUCC